CGCGUGGCGGCCGGGUGACGCACGCGGAAGCCGCCGCCAGGCACCGCUGGCGAUUGUGCCACGGCGGCGGCGGCGGCGGCUGCCGGGCGGAGGGAGGAGGUGCCUCCAGUGCGCAUGCGGCGCCGGGAUGGAGCCGCUGGCACCAAUGCGAUUAUAUACGCUGUCGAAACGGCAUUUUGUUCUGGUCUUUGUAGUAUUCUUUGUUUGUUUUGGUCUGACAGUCUUCAUAGGAAUAGCAGGUCCUAAUGUCAUUGAAACUUCUGUAGCAAGAACAGACUUAAAUAACAGCCUAAAGCUGAAGCCAUUUAAUUUAAGUUCUCCACCACUGUCUACUUACAAUCAGCAGCUGUGGCUGACCUGUGUAGUUGAGUUGGAUCAGCAUGAUGUAUCCCUCAAAAAGAAUGUUACUAUGACAGUCAAAGUACUUGGAGUGGUGAAGGAUGGAAGCACGCCAUAUGUUAAUAAUCAAGUUCACAAUCGGACGAGAUUACUUAGUUGUGCACAAAAAUGCAGUGAAAUCAUUGUUGCUCACCUUGGCUACUUGAACUACACUCAGUACAACAUAUUUGUUAGCUUUGAAGAUCUAAAUAAGUUAACGUACACCAUCCAGAAUAUUACUUUCACGUGGAAGACCUACAAUCCGACUUUUUCACAAGUGGAGAUAUGGUUCCGAUUUGUCUUUGUAGUCCUUACUUUUGUGGUCACGUGUCUGUUUGCACAUUCCCUGCGGAAGUUCUCCAUGAGAGACUGGGGUAUUGAACAGAAGUGGAUGUCCAUCCUCCUUCCCCUCCUGCUACUUUACAAUGAUCCAUUUUUCCCCCUUUCUUUUCUGGUGAACAGCUGGUUUCCUGGAAUGCUGGAUGAUCUAUUCCAGUCAUUGUUUCUGUGUGCAUUGCUAUUGUUCUGGCUUUGUGUCUACCAUGGAAUAAGAGUACAGGGGGAAAGGAAGUGCUUAACUUUCUAUCUGCCCAAAUUCUUUAUUGUGGGACUGUUGUGGCUGGCCUCUGUUACGUUGGGGAUAUGGCAAACUGUUAAUGAAGUACAUGAUCCUACAUAUCAAUACAGGGUUGACACGGGUAAUUUCCAGGGAAUGAAAAUCUUCUUCCUUGUGGUGGCAACCAUGUACAUCCUCUACCUUUUGUUCCUGAUAGUGAGGGCAUGCUCAGAACUUCGUAACAUGCCUUACGUUGAUCUCAGGUUAAAAUUCUUGACUGCAUUAACCUUUGUAGUGCUUGUCAUUAGCAUUGUUAUACUGUACCUACGCUUUGGAGCACAAGUUCUACAGGACAACUUUGUUGCUGAGCUGUCAACACAUUAUCAGAAUUCAGCAGAAUUCUUAUCAUUUUAUGGUUUAUUGAACUUUUAUCUCUACACACUAGCCUUUGUGUAUUCCCCCUCAAAGAAUGCACUAUAUGAAUCACAGUUGAAAGACAAUCCUGCUUUUUCUAUGCUGAAUGAUUCGGAUGAUGAUGUGAUUUAUGGGAGUGACUAUGAAGAAAUGCCACUUCAGAAUGGCCAAGCUAUUAGAGCCAAGUAUAAAGAGGAAUCGGACAGCGAUUGACUUUGGUGUAGACAGACUUGUUUAGCCGGAAUUAAACCAAUUUUGAAGUUUUCCUAGAUGUACAACUUCCUUGGCUUCUUUACAGUCUGCUGUGACCUGAACACCAACUCCCAGGAAGGACAUCCUGCUUCUCUUUCUGUUUACAAAUGUAAAACUGAAAAAAACCCUGCUUCCAAAGGUAGUGGUGAAAACUUAAACCCAGAAUUUUUACACAUCUUAUAAAAUGCCUGAUAGCAAGAUGUCUGCUAACUAAAAUCUUGAGAUACUGUUUCAUUUAGAAGUGUCACUGAUCAUAUGCUGAUUUUUAAAUUGCUUCCUUGCUGCUUUAUUGGGGUGGGUUUUUUUGGGGGGAGGGAGUUGAGGAUUAUGUACAGCAUUGUGGUAUUCAUCCGUUGUGUUAACUCCUUUCCAUAUUGUCCACUGCUGUACGAAGUGCCUCAUUUCCCUUUCAAUUUCCUACCUUAGUCUUUUGAGCGGGAGGCAGGGAGUGAAGUGUUUGAGGGUUUUCUCUGUUAUUUUAAUGCAAGAAAACACAGACUUUCCAUUCUUCCUUUGAAGAAGUGAUCAUAAAGAUGAGUUUACCACAUUUGUAAGUGCGAGGUAUGUGCAAAUAAUCCUUCUCGUGAGCCAAAAGAGCCUCAGUGGUGCAAAAUUCUUUGUAUAAUACAUGUUUCAUAACAUGCUUUACUGCUACAACAGAAGUGUUUGUUUUGGUUUAUUGUUGUUUGUUUUUAAAAACCAGCCAUUUCAAAUGAAAUUAUUUAGGCAGCAACAAAUUGCAGAAGGAAGCCAGUACCCUUCUUUCUGUUUUGUUUUCUUUUUUAUGUUGGAGGAGAUUGUUACAGAGAAUAUAGCAUGAAAGUUUCAUCAAGAACUACAAUUUCAAAUUUCCAGACAUUUCCUUUUUAAAGCCUUUUUCUACAUCAGAAACUUUCCUGAAGUUGUAUUAAUACAUAGUUCGUCUAUAUCCUGGGCACAAUGGUGGUUGCUCAUGUAUUGAACGUGCAUGAGAGUUAGCUUUUGAGCAUGUUCUGUGCAUUCCAGUCUCUACUGGAACAGAGUUCUAUGGGAAUUCAGUAUUCCUAAUAUGAUGCUGCUGCUUCUCUAUUUAAAAGUUGGUUUUCUACUACGCUACUGUUCACUUCUUUAUUUAAGUGGAUGCUGUUUGUUUGUAACUACUUUUCUUUCAGGUACUUGACCUAACUGAAAGCAUCAUUAUAUUUUUUUCUCUCGAUUUGUAACUGUGACUCUUGUAAAAUUUCUCUGCUCUGCUGCUGUAGAAGAGUCUCAAAAGUAUGUUAAUGUGUGAGACAGAGAAUGGUGCUGGCUGACACUAGGGAAUUGUGCUCAUCAUUGAUGUAGUCUAAGCAGAAGAGUGCAAUGAAGUCCUGCUAGACUUGCUGAAUCGUGUUGGGGAAAAAGGAGGUUUGUUAUACUUUGAAGCAACAACCAUCCUCGAUCAUUCCCAUUGCAAUGACUUCUUGGUAGCUGUUGAGGAUCACAAAGGGGAGACUUCACAGUGUAGCAGUGCUCUCAGAGAGGACCAAAGGAACUGCUGCUUCACGUGGUUGCAUCCUUGUUAUCGUAGAAUAGUUCAGCUUGAAUCAGUGCUUAAAUCAGGGCGGUAGAAUACUCUGGGUGUGCAAGAGAGAAACUUUGUAAUACUAGCUAGAGCUGUGAAAGUUUUUGACUGUAAUUGAAACUUAAAACUUUCCAUACCAGGAAUCAUUUAUUUGUUAGAUGCCAAAGCACUGUCGUCUGGCUAAAGCAAAGGAAACUGCUGGGGAGGAUGGGAAGCUUUGUCCCUUCCAUUUUUUUUAUUAGUUGGUGCCAGUUUAGAAGAACAUAUAGGAAAAUAUUUAAAGUAUUUCAGGUAAGUGGUGCUGAUGUUUUUCUGGAGAGCUGUAGUAAGCUGCACCUUCAGCACUUCCUUUUAGACUUUUUUUUUUUACUAUGUAUUGGAGAGAAUCUUUCUGCUCCCGAGAUGACUCUCUUGAGGCCUACAGCUGUCUGAACUGGCAGAGUUGGAUUUAGGGGCUAAUUAGGCAUCCUUUGCAUACCCCAAAUCUUUUUGACUUCCAGUGGCUACAGGAAUUAAGUUCUCAAAAAUGUAUAUUUACGUGAUUGUUACAUAUUCAGAUCUAUUUGGCUGCGGUAUUAAUUCUACUCUAAAUUGGUUUUGACUGAUGCGCAAAGCAUACUGAUGUUUCUGAACUGGCUGUUACAGCAAACCCUGAAAUAGUGUCAUGCUCUGGGAUUUCAUUAACUAAAGAAAAUAUUUUUAAUCUAACUUUGAGAUGACUUUUUUUUUUGCCCUAAUCUGCUCUCAGCCCAUUUCACUUGCUGUUUCGUUUGCAUUAACUUUUCUACAUCACUGAAUUCAAAGUGAAAAUAGGAAGGCUGACAAUGGGAAAUGUGUACUUAAACUAAGUAUCUCACUAUGAAAAGAGUGAGAAAAUAAGUUUCCUUGUUAAUUUUUAGAGAUUAUAUUUAAAUAUAAAGUAAUGUUUGCCAUGCAAAAUAGCUUUGUAUUUUGGAAGCGCUAGAGUGUAACGGUAAGCUUGGCUUGAAGCACUGUCCCAUCAAAGUCAGUAUACAGUAAAAAGGCAAAAGCAGCACUGCAGAUGAGGAAAGAGUUUUGCUAUCAAGAAAUCUCAGUUUCAUUCCUCUCUCUUACUGCCACAGUUUGGAAGCAGAGACAGUAUGUGAGGAGCAUUAAUUACAAUAUGGAUUGUUAGCAACUUGGGAGUAAGUGGUGUGAGUUCACCUCCAAGUAUUGUAACCUAAAGGUGAAACAGCCCUUCUCUGGGUAAGAAACUAGCCUGUUUUUUCUUUCAUUACUGCUCAAGUAAUGAUUUCUAUCACUAGUGGAACUGUACAAAAUGAGACAAGUAUCCACAAAGGCCUGACAGCACGCAGCAUUGCUGCUCUAAAGGAGGUGCUGGCUGUUAAAUAACUGCAUGACUUCUAUGGAGGCAGCCAUCAAGACAGACUUUUAAGACAUCAAUAUCCAUUAAGUGUGAGCCAUUCAUGGCAACCACGUUCUGUAGCAUUUGCUUAAAAAAUACAGUUGCUGUUGGAAUUGGUUGGAAACUUUCCUAGGACUGGCAAAGAGGAGGAAGCGUAGGGCUUAACACCAGCGAGGAGCAGCUAGUGCAACAGAUCCAGGGUACUACCCCUGGGGAAAACAGGUUCCAGCAGGAAAGACUUUGAGCCAAAAGGUAAUUCUGCAUCUGUAGUCACCCAAUUUUCCUUCCACUUCCUUUUGCUUAUGCCAGUAAUACCUUUGCAUUACUGUAAACUGUUUUUUAGAAGAUUGUAAAUAUGUAAAAUGAAAAUAUGGAAAAAAAUGUGUACCAAAAUGGUAUAAAAAUGUGUAAGAUAAAUGCUCUGUUUAAUGAGAAGCUGUAAUUAAAUGCUGCUUUGGGAAAGUGUGCAUGACGACAUGUGUUAAAUGGUCUGUGUACCUAGAAGUUGUGUUAAUGACAGCAAAUUAUCCAUUUAUGUCAGAAAACUUCAUGCUCAUGUGGAAUGUGAAGGAAAAACUAAUAUUUCAAGCAAAAGGUGGGUAUUUUCUGGGAAAGACUUCGUGUGCAUAAUCAUUGUUAAAUAUGUUCAUAAUAAAUUUUUUUAUCUUUAUAGUGUA